AUGUCCGCUCGAGCGCCGAGCGCGAUGCGGACGACGAGCGCGGCGACGACGAGCGCAUCACGCGUCGCGCGCGCGAGGACGGUCGAGCGGGCGCGCUCGGGGGGGGUGAACGGGAAGACGGAUGGGACCAGAGCGGGCGGCUCGACCCGGACGCGGGCCCGCGCGAAAGAUUCGGGCGAAGCGGGCGACAGACGUCGCGCGUCGGGUCGAGAGGACGUGUACGGGGCGAUAUCAUCGUUGGCGUCGACGUCGGCACGUGCGAGCGAGUCGAGGGUGCGAACACGUCGGGGAGGUCGGGCGCGACCGAGAGCGAUCGACGAGCCGACUCGCUUCAGCGAUGGGACCGAGGAGCAAGAGCGAACGAACGGAGAACUGCUCUUUGAGGACGGCGUGAACGGAGAGUCGGAUGUGGUGUUCGCCGAGGGAACGGUGUAUAAAAAGAAGCUGGAAGGACCGUCGAGCGAAGAGCUUUGGUACGCCGGUUACAUUCGCGAGUUGGAGGGUUCGCUGUCCGCGGACGAAGAGGAGGAAGAGGAAGCGGAUGAAGUCGAAAUAGGUCCCAAGGCAAAACGGAAUCCGGGCAGGGAGGGGAUCCGGGGAAUCAUUUACUACGCGAUGCACCGUCUUCCAGGCAUGACGAGAAGUCCGCUCCCGACGGUUGUUCAAAACCCAGUGGACAAUCUUUCGGUGUGGGCGCUAGCGACGUGCGGAUUUCUGUGGACCGCGUCGACGUGCAUGGUUUUCUCGCUACUUCCAGUCUUCUUGCAGACCGAGUUCGGGUUCUCCAACACGCGUAUCGGCGCCGUCGAGGGCUUCGCCCUCUUUGUCUCUAAUUUUAGCAGAGUUUUUUCCGGUGUCCUCUCAGAUAUCUUGAAGUCUCGAGUCAAGGUGAUCGCGGUCGGUUCAGUGAUGACUGCGGCGAUGAAGGUCACCUUAGCAUCGGCGGUGAGCGUCCAACAAGUGGUCAUCGGGAAGCUUU